AUGGUACCUUAUCCGGUGUAUGAGCCGUUUGACCGUGUGUGGGUGAAGAUGGAGGGGUACGACUGGUGGCCUGCCCGCAUUGUUAGCGACGAGGAGCUCCGUGCGAACGGCCAGAGCCGUGCUGAGGGCUGUGACAUCACCGUUUACUUCUACGAGGGUACCACAACACCGGCAAGUCUGGAACACUUUAAGAGCGCCACCACAAGUAUUACUUUCUUUGAGACAUCUUCGGAGAAGGCUGUCACGGCGGACGCUGACCUCCUCGCGGCGAUACGUCGUGCGGAAACGGAUGAGACAGCGAACCCGCUAAAGUACGAAUUUGCAGCGGGAGACCGCGGCAGUGCGAAUAAAACGGGUGAUGGGGUGGCAGCAGGAGCGGCAGCUGUAGUGACCGCAACAGGGGCGUCUGUAUCUUCCACGGAUGGGAUGCGGCGCGGCACGGGGAAUGCGGCGGCUAACCAGCGACCCGUCAGCAAGCGCAGCCGUGCGGCGGAAUUAGAGGAACGGCACGUCGCCGCGCCUGCGUUGAAUUUGUUACGGGACGAGAAACUGAUUGAAAUUGCCGGGCGGAUCAACGAGGCAGUAUCGAUCUGCGACCUCCCUUCGCUGCGCAUUGAAUUGUGUGAUCUUGACACCGUCAGUGUUACGGUGCGCCAGCUGGAGACGACAAAAAUUGGCGUGGCGGUAGGCAGUAUUUUGGGCAGGAAAGAAUUGGAGAAGUUAUGGCCAUUGUCGCGAGCCAUUAUUUCUUCUUGGGCACGUGCCAUGCCCGUUGAGACCAUAGAAGCCAUCAAGAGACACCAGCAAUACCGGCUUGGAAAGCGACAGGAUGAUGCCAACAAAAGUAGCACGAUGGAAUUGUCCAUGAUGAGCCCUUUGGCGGCUGGUGCACCAUCCUUUGCCGAUGUGAACGACGUUUCCGGUCCGCUGGCGUCGCGAUCGGUGGAGAACGGAGAGCGCGUGCGGAUGAGGUUUGUCCACCGUGUGCGGAAGCUGCUGGAUAACCCCACCGAUCCACCCAUCCCGGGUGUCACAUCCAGUGAUCUGGAGGCCGUUGCUGAGGAGCUCUGCCGCGACGUGGUUGAGCCGGAGGACCGCAAGCAUUUACAGGAGCAACUUGAGAAGCCCGGUAUGACGCAGCUGCGGCGUAGUUUAGCUACUCGCGCGAUGAGCGGAAAGGAGUUUCUGAAACUUCCCCGUUCCGCACUCAUGACGGAGGAUGAGAGACGGAUGGAGGAGGCUCGCAUUACGAAGAUGAUUGAAGAGCAGGAGAAGUUAAAACUGGCGAAUGUUUCUGUUACAAGUCUGUUCAAAUGUCCGAACUGUGGUAAGAACCGGUGCUCCUACUACGAACAGCAGACGAGAUCAGCGGAUGAGCCCACAACGAAAUUUGUGACCUGCCUUGAGUGCAAGUACGUCUGGACAACGGAGUGA